AUGGGCCGCGAAACAGAACUAGACCACGAUGGGGCGGAGGGAGGAUACGGCGGGGACACACACCUCGUCGACGAGGCGGCGCUGUUUGCCUCGCCCUUGCCUAUGGUCGGGGUGGAGCGGACGACCACUCGGAAAGAGCUCUGGUCGUGGUACGUCUACUACAUCGGGAACUCUGGACUAGGGCCGUUCAACUUUGCCAUCUCAGCUUGGCAGAACCUGCUCUACCUGGCCGGCUGGGACCCAGCUUUCGAUCGGGGGACCGUGCCAUGCGGCGAUGGAGACUGCUACCUCAACGCGUUCGGACAGGACCGGGACAUCAACUCCAUCGUCCUGGUCACCAACGGUCUCUCAUUCGCACUGCAAGCCGUCUUGAUGCUCUUGGCUGGAUCAUUUGCCGACUACGGAACCUGGCGCCCGCAUAUCACUACCGCAUUCACCCUGCUCGGCUGGGGCGUAAGCUUUGGCUGGCUCGGCGUGACCACAGCAGAAAAAUGGCAGAUCGGGACUGCGCUGUACAUUCUCGGUCUCAUCUCCUAUCAAUGCGCAUUGACAUUCUGGACGGCCGCUUUCCCUGGUCUGGCAAGGGACUUGCCUGAAGUCAAGGCAAGCGAGGAGAAGCUCGCGCUCGGCGAGAUCGAUCGCCAAACGCACGACAACGUCGAUAUGCUGGCUCGGAACCGACUCGCCAAUGUCUCCUUCUUUGUCUGCUCGGUAGGCGAACUGGUCGUCCUCGGUAUUCUCGCCGGUAUCCUACAGGCUAUCGUCAUCCCGGACGACACGGAAAGCAACACUCGUGCGCUGAGUGUCGUUUGCGCCUACAGUGCGGGCGUGUGGAUUGUGUGCGCCAUGCCUUGGUUCUUCUGGGAGCAAUAUCGGCCGGGGAACAAGCUUCCGCCCAGGACGUCUUACCUUAGUGUAGUCGUCGCCACACUGCAGAACAAUGUUGUCUCAUACGAUACCAAGGUCCUGAACUAUCUGCUCAUUGACGGUAUCGGCGCACAGGCCAUUGGUAUUGGUCUCUUCUGGGUGAUCCAGAAAAAGUACACCAUCCGGACCAAGAACCUCCUCCUCUUUAACGCAUUCUGGAUCCUCUUACUUUGCGUCUGGGGCUGCAUCGGUAUCACCCAGGAGUCCUUUGGUUUCCACAAUGUGUGGGAGUUCUGGGCGUACCAGGCUUAUUACGGUAUCUUUGUCUGCCCAUGGUAUGCUGUAUCUCAAGCGAUGAUUUCCGAGGUCGUACCCCGAGGCAAAGAAUUCCUAUUCUUCGCGCUCUUCUCAAUUAUGGGCAAGACAUCCUCCUUCAUCGGCCCCUUUGUCUCAUCAGCCAUCAUUGAGCGAUCAGGCAACACAAACAUGCCAUUCACCUUCCUCCUCGCCCUCGGCGUAUUCGCAGUCGCCAUCCUCUUUUGCGUCAAUGUCGACAAGAGCCGGAUCGAGUGCAGGGCGUACCUCGAGGAAGAAGCGCGCAGGGUGUAUGAGAUGCCGAGUGGGGCGAUCACGGCGGCGACGCUGCCGAGGAGCGAGGAGGGGAGGGAGGCGGAGCAGGAGGCGGAUGUGAAGGGGAGAUGA